AUGGGCAGCACUGCAGGUGGAGCCCUUUGUGACCAAACCACAGCUCUACCAUUUAAGCCUAGUAUUUUAGUCACCAAGUGCACACCCUGUGCUCAGUUGCCUGUGGGCAGCAGUGUGAUUCAGAUGAUGGAGAAUCCUCUCUUUUUUCUGAAAAGCCAUUUUGAUCCUAGUCUGUGCCCCUGUCCCACUCACUGGGUGAAUGACAUCAUCAUCGGCUCUCUGGGUGGACUGGGGCUCUUUGUCCUGUUACUCCCCUACCUCAAGAAUAAUGUAUCUUCGCCACCUCCUAGGAAACAUGAAGACAUCAGGAAGCAUCAAAUAGAGCCAAAGGUGAGACGCAAGAAUAACAAGAAAAACAGAGCUUGGGAAGAUCUCGCAUAUUGCCUGGAAGCUGCGGAAGUGGCUCAGGCCCUGAUUUCACUUCUGCAUAGCCCUCCGGGCCCUGGGGGCUCCUGGCUGCAGCUUGUGCCUCAUGUCUCCUGCCACUACCUGGUGAAGUUCCGUGACAACGGCAGCUUCCAUCAGCUCUCCUGUCAAGACCCCAUUUGUGAGAUGUGCAAAGCAGAGCCUGCUGGAGCCCACCAGCCCUGCGGGGAACCUGCAGAAGAGGCUGUUCCUGCCAUUUGCCCAUCAGCUGCCCUGGCUCCUCCGACCCAGGGCUCUUUACCUGUGGCCUCCACCCUGUCAACAGAACAUCAAGACCCAUCCAACUUGAACAGAAUCACCCUUGGCACUGUUGCAAAGAGCUCAUCUCCAGAGAGUGAGGCCUGGCAAGAACACCUGUCCCACCAGCCACCAGGGGCCCCGUUCUCGGGAGGGCCCACAGCCAAGCAGGUAAAGACUGGUAGCCCCCCAUUUGUCAACCCUGAAGUUCAGAAGCUGCUGCAGAUUCUAAUCACCAAGAAAGUAAAACCAAACAUUUGUAGGGAGAAAGAAAAGGAUGGGUCAUUCUCAGAACAAAUGAGCUCAGACGACCACCUGAACACUUUAGGGAAUAUGCGGAAAUCACUGGGUGCUGAGCAGGACAACACAACCCCUCAAUUUUUCUGGAACAUGAAAGACAAAACAGAGCAGCGACCCGGUCCUCGGCAGCUCUUACACUCCGAGGUCUUGAGGGACCACUUGGAACAGAAAUACAGCCAGCUCUACUGGGGUCUCCCCUCUAUGCACAGCGACUCCCUGGUGGCUACUAGGAGCUCUUCUCAACACCAGGCACCCUUUGUUUCAUUCAGUGGAGUUUCUAAUGGCUUUCCACUUUCAAUUCAACCUAGAAUACCUUUAGGUCCGACCCAGGCCCCAGUCUUGCCCUGCCCAGGGGUCCCACCCCAGCCUUUCACUCAAAACUGGCCUCCCUGCCAGCCCCCACCUCUGGCUCAGAUCCAGGCCCAGCCCUACCUCCCAUCUUCUCUCCUAUUCAGACCACCUUAUUCUCCACCACAGAUGAGUACCUGUGGACUAGGUUGUCCUACAUUUCAGAACAACACACUAAAUUUUAUCCCAACUGAAACUCAAUGUCUGAAAUGCCCCUUGUUGCAGAAGCAACUGAAAAGUGGGGCGCCUUCACCCUCUGUGGUCAAAAGAUCUCAGAAAGCCUUUAGCCAACUAAUUCUCAACCUUCCCCAAGAGAGGGGGCGCUCUCAGGCCCAAAGGUCAGUUUCCAUUCAUCAUGAGGACUUAACUGGCCCUGAUCUCCAGAAGCAACAUCUUCAAAAGAGGCUCAUCAAAGAUGAAACCAAGAGGGGCCUGGCCCUCAGUAUCCACCUGUCUCUGUCUCUGGAAUUGAGUUCCCCUCAGUGCCAUUUUUUAAGGACUUAUCAGGCACAGGGCAAGCAGGGACCCUGGCAGCCCUCUGCUUUUACAGGCAAAAGGAGACUGGACCGACAGAAGAUAAGGUCCAGGUGCCCUAGGAGAUCCCACAGGAAGGGUCAAAUGCAAUUCCAACCAGGGAAGGAUUUCGGCAAGGGUCUAAGGCCAUGUCUGAGGAGGAUCUCAAAAGCUUCCUCCAGGGCCCGGCUCCCAGGGAAGGAUUUCGGCAAGGGUCUAAGGCCAUGUCUGAGGAGGAUCUCAAAAGCUUCCUCCAGGGCCCGGCUCCCAGUGAAGUUUCUGCACAGAAACUCUGAAAGGAAGUCAGAAAGAUACUUGAUGACACCCUUGAAGAGUAACUCUGGACACUAUUUACCCAGUAGCCCAGAGGAGAAACAUCUAGAAAAAAACUUGAAAGCCCAUUUGAGCACAAAGUUGAGGCAGAUUAGUCAAGGUUUCAUACCUGUGAUUGUGCGUCAAUCCUGGCUUGUUGCCAAAUGUGCUUUUUCUAAGCCCCACCCUCACAAGGAACUCAGAAAUCUAGCAUCCUUGAAGCAUUGGAAACCCUGUGUAGACUCCUCCCAUGAGCUUUCCUUCCUCAGUCCAAGGAUUCGGCACAUGCUGGAAGCACAUGUUAUAAGGUGGCAGGAGGGCAGACUGCCUUAUCAGAUGCCCACAGUCAACUGCAUGGGCAGACGCUGGGAGAAUGGGACUGUCUUGGGGUUUCCAUCCACUAGGAAAACCCUUUCACCACCAACAAAGUCAGUUGCCCAACAUCCAAAGGAGCCAUGCCUUAAAACACAGGUGGCUCAAGGCCGUGCCACUGGUGAGCUCCUUCAAGACUCUCACACUGAAGUGCUCCUUCUUGCACACAUCUUGGCUUCUCACCGGUCUCUUUCCAGUUCCCACAGGGAAAAUGCUAUUGAGGAUGCGCCAGCUUUCCAGGUGGUGCCAUAUGACCUCAACGUGAGUGAACAGAGCAGCCAGGGGCAGCAGAAAUUCAAAAAACCAAUACUUAAGGACUCAUUUCAGAGCCAGAGUGAGAUGUCUGCCCCAACUGACGAGUGGAGGGGCUGUAAGAAGCUGCAACCUGGAAAGCAUGAAGAAAUGAAGAGCCAGAGGGAGAUGCUCGCAUCCGCUGAGGGGUGGAGGGGUUUCACGAAGCCCCAACCAGGACAGCAUGAAGAAACAAAAAGCCAGAGCAAGAUGCCUGCCCCAGCUGAGGAGUGGAGGUGUGUUAGGAGACUCCAACCAGGAGAACGUGAAGAAACGAGAAGCAACCAGGGACAACAGGAACCCAGGAAACCAAAAGUCAGGGACCCGUGGAAGGGCCAGUUUGCCUCGACUGAUGAGAGGGAGGACGACUGGAGGCCCAAACCGGGAGAGUAUAAAGAAAGGUCUUCAGGACUAAAGGCUUCUCAAGCAAGUGGGAUGAGCCACACUUCUCAGGUCAGGGAAAGAGGAGAGUCCCUUGGGAGCAAACACCCCCAGCUCUCGCCAGGGAAGAGAGAGCUUUCACCAGAAAGCCCAAAAAGGAUGCGGCACUUUCUGCAGUAUCUUAGCCACGAUAAAAAAGGCAAAGGAAUAGAAGAAUCCCUUCAAAAAGGCAAGCCUGCAUCAGCCACUGCUCACCACCAGAAACCAAUCAAAGGCAAAUUGGGUGUAGAGAGCAGGGCUAUUGAUCCUUGUGCGAUUGGAAGAGCUGUUGGACAGGUCCUAGGAGAGAAACUGGGGCCUCGCCAAGGACUCUGUGCCUCAGAGUUAAAUCAGCACCCAGGACAGCUCCAGGUCCCAGCAUAG